CGGUUAGUUGAACGCGUUAGCGUAUGUCGAGUUUGUUUUAAAUUUACGUUUAGUUUUAAAUACAAAUGUACAAGUAAUGCAUAGUUGUUAAAAAGCGGUGAAGUAAUUAUGUGCAAUGUGAAAUGGCUAAAACAAAAUUAACGCCUUUCGUGAAACAAUGCAUUGUGACGGGCGCGGUUGGUUGUAACAUAAUCUGUAACAUCGGGUUCGUGUUUGGCCUACCCGGUGUCCUCUUGCCCGCAUUACAGCAACCGCACUCAGAGAUACCACUCACCAAAGUCAGCGCCUCAUGGAUCGCCUCAAUUAUAAGUAUCACGACCCUGCUCGGGAACUUCGUGACUCCCAGCAUCAUGGAACGGUUCGGGAGGAGAAUGGCACACAUCUGUGCCAGUAUACCGGCUGUCAUCAGCUGGUUUGUCCUUGCUAUGGCUACUGACGUCUAUAUGGUGUUAUUCGCCAGAGUUCUGCAAGGUCUGUCCGCGGGCGCAAUCUUGCCGCUACGUUCAGUCCUCAUCGGCGAAUACGCGAGUCCUAAAUACCGCGGCGGAUUUCUCACAACUGUUUCUUUAGCGCAAGGAUUUGGAAUAUUUCUGAUACAUUUCAUUGGUUCUUUAUUAAGUUGGCAAAGGAUGAGUAUCGUUUGUGGUGUUAUCGCCUUUUUAAGUCUUGUCAUGGCAUUUUAUUUACCCGAAUCCCCGAGUUGGUUGGCAGUUAAAGGAAAAUAUGAAGAGUGUCAGAAAGCGUUCCGUUGGCUGAGAGGAGACGAAGAAGAAAAAGAAUUAGAAGAAUUAAUAGAAUCCCAAAUAAAGUUAAGGAAGAAGAAAGAACGAGAAGAGAAUGGACCGCAAGUUAAUUGUAUCAAGAAAUUAGGCGCAGUUAUUAACAGAAGGGAGUUUUAUAUGCCUUUAAUUGUCGUAUCACACUGUUCUGUGAUGAUACAAGCGUGUGGCAAUUCAACUUUACCGGCUUUUUCAGUUCAAAUUAUAAGACUUAUGAUGGGUCCAACAGCUAACGCUCACGCUUGGAUGGUAGCGUUAGAUUCAUUAAGAUUAUGUGUGAACAUAGCUGCAGUUUUUAUAAUAAACAAAUUUAAAAGACGUACUAUAUUGUUUUCGACUGGUGGUUUGUGUACUUUAGCACACGUGGCAAUUGCAAGUUAUAUGUACGCUAAAUCGAAUAAUUUAUUAUAUUACGAUGCUGAAUGGAUUCCUGGUUUAUUAAUAGUGUUACAGUUUUUCUGUAUAGGUUUAGGAAUGGUUCCGAUGCCUACUGUGAUAUCAGGAGAAUUGAUACCUUUAGAAUUUAGAAGCAUAAUAUCUAGUAUAGGUGUUGUUUUUCUAAGUGGAGUUAUGUUUUUAGUUUUACAAACGUUUCCAUUGUUAGUUGAUAGUAUAAAUUUGUCAGGUACAUAUGCGAUAUAUGCCGCGGUAUUAAUUUAUUUAUUUAUAAUGCUCUGGUUCAUUCUACCGGAGACGAGCGGGAAGACUUUACAAGAAAUAGAAAAUGAACUGCGAGGUGACGUGACACGAAUACAGGAUAUUGAAGCUGCAGUGAGUUUGAAACAAGAAGAUGAAAGUGAAAAAGCUAGAUCUGGAUGA